AUGCGUGCAAUACGUUUAUUGCGUAUAUUAAAGCUGUAUCUGGUUUUUAAACAGUUGAAAGUACUGCGUGCUCUUAGUACAACUUUGAAAGAAUCUUUGAUCGAUUUUAGUGGAACACUUUUCGGUUUAGUUGUUUUAGCGUUUUUAUUCGGAGCAGCAGCUUAUGUUGCCGAAACUCAAGCAAAUCCAGAAAUGUUUGAUUCGAUUCCGAAAGCAACCUAUUGGGGAAUUAUUACCAUUACGACUGUCGGCUAUGGAGAUAUGUAUCCGAUAACAGUUAUUGGCCGUACAAUAGCCUGUUUAUGUGCCUUAUCUGGUGCAGCAAUCAUUGUUUUUACUGAAGUUUUGACACGCGGAACCUUGGUCACGGUUAUUCCAUUAGAUGAACGAGUUCGAUUGUUCAUCGAUAAUGAAUUUGGUCUUGGAUCAUCAUUCGCUGGUUGUAACUUACCUGAUGGUCUUAUAAUCUUAGCAACCUUGACAUUGCUUGCACUCGUCCUCGGUGAUGAAGGAUUAAUUGAGAAGUUAAUAUCAAUUAAAUUUUCUUCUGCAAUACUGGUAUUUUUAGGUGCAGCAACAUUUCCCAAGUUUGGAACUGUUUUGCUACCUAUUUGUUCUCCACCAGCAUGGUACUGA